CUACCACUUCUCUUAGACGACACGACCUGCCUGCAAAACUACAAGUACCGUGAGGCUAGAUAGUGCGCUGCACCAAGAAUGGAGUCGGGAUGGCUUUUUUUAUUUUAAAGGGAACAUCAAGGUUGUCGAGUAGGUUCGAAGACGGGAGAGCAGGAUCUGGUUUGGGGAAGUGCCGUUUGUCUGAUGGUGCCAGUGGAGGACCAGCGCUUGCUAGCCCCCUCGUCCUUCCAUGACCUCCCCCCGUGGACCCUAACCCACUAGCGCCCCGCCCCCCUCCUCCUCCUCCUCCUCCUCCUCCUCCCACCCUUCCCUUGGCCCGCCCAGCCCCGCCCCACCCCGCCUCCUCUCUCUCUCCACUGAUUCACCUGUCCCUCAUGCUUUGGACACAAGUACCACACCGACUGUCCAAUGACUGCCUGGAUCAUCCUGCCUGUGAGCCUCUCUGCUUUCUCCAUCACAGGAAUAUGGAUAGUUUACGCUAUGGCAGUGAUGAAUCAUCACGUUUGUCCUGUAGAGAACUGGACCUACAACGUGACGUGCACAGAGGAGACGGCCAAGCCGGGCUUCCCCAAAACAUGCUGCACCCUACAGGACAUUCCCCUCAUCAGUAAGUGCGGAUCCUUCCCCCCGGAGAGCUGUUUGUUCAGCCUGAUCGGUAAUGUGGGAGCAUUCAUGGUGGUGAUGGUUUGCCUGCUCCGCUAUGCCCAGGUGAUUGAACACAGUCAUUGCUGCUGGACUAACACCAGCGCUCUGGUGUCCGGCUGCACCAACGCCUUGGGCCUGGUCAUGGUGGGGAACUUCCAGGUGGACCAUGCCAAAACGCUGCACUACGUGGGGGCGGGCGUGGCCUUCCCCGCCGGGCUGCUCUUCGUGUGCCUGCAGUGCGUGCUGACGUACCGCGUGGCCAUCAGUGCGCUCGACUACUGGAUGGCGCACGUCCGCGUGGCCCUGGCCGCCGGGGCCCUCAUCUCCCUGGUUUUGAGUUUUUCCUUAACCUGACCGGGCGGCGUCUUCUUCAUCCACGAGAGCUUCGUGCUGCAGCACGCGGCGGCCGUCUGCGAGUGGGUGUUCACCGUCGACAUCCUCGUCUUCUACGGGACCUUCACCUACGAGUUUGGCGCCGUCAACAACGACACGAUGAUGGUGGCCCUGCAGCACACCCGACACCGGGGGGCAGGCGUCAUCAUUGGGGGCGGGGCGGGCAGGGGCGGGACCUUGGGCAGCGGCACCAAGAGCCUGAAGUCGCCUGGCGGGAGCAGCACCUCCACCCACCUCAACUGCAACCCAGAGAGCAUCGCCAUGCUGUAGCCACGCCCACUCCACUGCUACCUGAGAGCAUCGCCAUGCUGUAGCCACGCCCACUCCACUGCUACCUGAGAGCAUCGCCAUGCUGUAGCCACGCCCACUCCACUGCUACCUGAGAGCAUCGCCAUGCUGUAGCCACGCCCACUCCACUGCUACCUGAGAGCAUCGCCAUGCUGUAGCCACGCCCACUCCCCCCUCCUCGAGCAUCGCCAUGCUGUAGCCACGCCCACACCCCCCUCCUCGAGCAUCACCAUGCCAUAGCCACGCCCACUCCCCCCCUCCCAGUGCAUCACCAUGCUCUAGCCACGCCCACUCCCCCCUCCCAGUGCAUCACCAUGCUCUAGCCACGCCCACUCCCCCCUCCCAGUGCAUCACCAUGCUCUAGCCACGCCCACUCCCCCCCUCCCAGAGGGCAUCAACAUGCUGUAGCCAUGCGGACUGCUCCCUUCCCCCCUCCCUCUCAGUGUCCCUGGCUCACAGACUAGCCCAAUAUGGUCAGGCUACUGUGGGGCCCAUUGGCUGUAUGGCAAGGGGGAGGGAGGAGGGGGGGUUUCUGGGGGGUGGCAGAGAAAUGGAAGAUGGUUCAUAUUGGAGCAGGUUAGAUUUGGUGGUGUAGGUGCACACAUUUAUUUAGUCUGCCCUCCACCUGUCCUGUUUGUUGAGCAAGUGCUGUUUGGAGCGGUUUAUGUUUUUAUUUCUAUUUAUGUUUUCUAUUUCUUUAAAAAAAAAAAUUUUUUUUACACAACCCAAGUUAGCACAUACCUCAUUUGUAUUGUGAUAAUAUAAUGUACAAGACAGAUUACUUUUAAAAAAGGAAAAGGAGAGAACGUUAUCAUUGGAGUCAAGCGUUACGUAAAUGUCCUUCCCCCCUGAAGGGGGUUAUUAUGGGUUGCAGUUGCAGCAGCAGCACUGUCUCUAUCCUGUGUCCUGAUUGGCCCUGAUGGACCUGCUAUAUAUCCCAGAGUUACCGAACAGGACCUCUGAGUAUCUUUAAGAGCCACAGAGAAGGAAACCCGUUUGGACAGGUGUUUGGUGAGAUGUGCUGUCUGUUUUGGGAUGUGAAUUGAUGAGCACUGGAUUGGACCUGUUGUUUCCCCAUUUCACCUGAGAGUGGCCGGGGAGUGCUGACGGGCGAGGCGCGAGACUGUGGGCUCAUUCCAGAUGCUUAUUUUAUCCGCCUUGGCCUCCUCUGUCCUCGCCUGGCCUGGAAAUCGACUGAGGUCCGCCAUCUUUACGGGCAUUCCAACCCCAUUACUGUGAAUGCUCCUUGAAGGAGCGAGGAGGCUCCUGGAGGAUGCUCCAGUGAGGAUAUACGAGUGCACCCUUUGCAAAGUAUUUUUUGGGACGUGUGAGGUGUAAACGACUGACCUGUGGAUCCACCUCUCCACAUCACUAACUGAUGUGGCUUCAGACCGUCGCUCGACUGAACUAUGACGUUCCGUUCGCCUAAUGCACAUUUCCUCGAUUCCUCCGUCUUCGCGUCCUUUCCUCCUGUCCCCCGCUGGGCGGGGCUAAGGACGCGAGGGAAGGAUGCAACGAGGUGAAAUAAGCAGUUGGAAUGAGCCCUGUUUUAUGCGCAUGUGUGGAUUUAAAAAAAAAAUUUUGCCCCCAAAUUUUUAAACUGGGACUUUAGUAAACGCAGACAGCUUGUGCUGCUGCGAUGUCGCAUAUUGUCUCAUUCAUCUGAGGUUUCUGUUUUGCUUUGCGGCCAUUUUCAGUCAUUUCCACAGCAUUCAGCUGGAAAGCAAAUGGUGGUGGUGUGAGAAGUCUGUCUGUAGAGAGAGUCUGUCUGUAGAGAGAGUCUGUCUGUAGAGAGUGUCUGUCUGUAGAGAGUGUCCGCAGAAAGUGUCUGUAGAGUGUCCAUAGUGGGUCUGUCUGUAGAGAGAAUGGAAAGUCUUUGGCUACUUGUUGCGCAGUUUCACUGUGUUUGUAGCCUUUGUGAAAGUCGACGUGUGUGUGUGUGAAGCAGUUGUGCUAAGGUGGAAUCUGAACCCAUUUGCUAGGAUGUGUUUUUGAAGCCAUGAAAUGAUUUGGUGACAGCCCACAUUUAGAAAGCCACUGUGCGUCUUUACAGGGGUAUCACAGGCGAUAGAUUGGUGCAUAAAUGGCCACCAACAAAUAUGUCUUAAAACCAUUUUCUCCACCUGUCGUGAGGGUAGUGGGGUGUGAUUGUCUAAUCAGCUGCCAUUGUUUUAAAGUUGGAAGCGAAGCAGGAUUUUUAAAGCUGUUGAUCAUUUUGUUUGUUCUCGGAAUUUGAGCGCCCAUUAAUUUAUACGUUAUUAUUUCUGUUUUCUAUAAGAGUAUAUCCCUAUUUACACAUUAUUACUGUUUUCUAAAAGAGUAUACUCCAAUUUACACAUUAUUAUUACUGUUUUUUAUAAAUGUACACCACUGGCUGUACCACAUGUUGUUGAGUCACUGGAGAUGACAAAGAUGCCAUCGUGUGUGUGUGUGUGUGUGUGUGGGUUUGUGUGAGAUUGUAUGUGCACGUGUGUGUGUGUGUGUCUAUGUCUCUGUCUCUUUGUGUGCACACUGCGUUUUUUUUUUAGCUGAUCCCUGGCCUUUUGCCUGUUCACACUGAUUUCCGCAUUUUCACGGCGAGGAAACGUUUGUCGUGCCGCAGUACAAAUGCACAGUGUGGACGAAGUCCCUGGCUGAAAACAACACAACGCUGGACAAUCUAAACGCCACACGUUUGAUCCCCGCACAUUCCACACACACCGUGUUACCGUCGAACAAACUGCCAAUCCAGUGCAUUUUGACUGUAAUGUGGCCAAUAAUAUUUUUAUAUAUACUCAAAAAAAAAAAAAAAAAACACAAAAUCAAAUCAUUGAAUGGAGUAGAGUGGCAUUCGGAUGCUACCAUCUGAAUGACACCAUGACAUCAGCACCGAUGAUAAUCAAUAUUAUUGGAUCCAUAAACGCACCGAUUGUGAAUCUCUUGGUUGAGCCCGAGUGCGCCUGAGCGUGGCACAGCGAAGCAAGCGUAGUAAAGGAAAGGCUCGCGUUCAAGAGCGGUUUUUCUCGACUGUCGUUGUAACGUUGCCAAUGAAGUGUAGAUGGAAGGACAUUUUUCUUUUAAAUGAAAUGUUUGCCUGUACCUCAUUUCAGUUUGUAACCUUGAGUGGGUGUUUGGCGAAAAGUGUCCGAGUUCAUCUUCAUGGGUGUGUUCGAUUCUGUGAUCGGCUGGGUUAUGUUCUCACGCAUAAAGGUAAAUCAAUGCUGAAUGCUGAAAUUUGCAUUUUUAUGUUCUUUUAUAAUUAUUUGUAUGAUUUAGUAGCGGUUUGGUUUAGUCAUUUUUUUUCUGUUGUCUGAAAUUUAUAUUCAAAAGAUAAAUGAAAUAAAUUAAAUACAUAAAUGAUAA